GUGUGAAUCAUAUUUUUUUGCUUCCUGUGUAUUCUUUCGCGAGCAGACAAGAUGACGAACUGUUUGAGUAAAUUGCCCUACGUUUCCGCUGCGUGCGGAACGGCUUCGCUGCUGGUGUAUUUCUUCCCCUCGACUCUCCUAUCAUGCGUGCCUCAGUUAGCGGAGACGUCUCCUGCGUUGCUAAGGCUUUUGUCGACUCUCGUGAACACGAGUUUCAGCUGCCUUUUCGGCUCGGCAACAUGGGUUUUCUUCGUCAUGUCGCCUGUUCUUCGGAAAACGUUGAGCAGGUGCAAGCUGGCUGAAGUACAGUCGAUCCACUACCCAAUUUUUUUCUGCGCGUCGACCGUGCUUUCUUCGACGCUUCUCUCGACUGUCUGCUACAUGGGCGUCGGCUACAGCAAGUUGCACAUGGCUGCUGCGGUCAACGUUAUCGGGAACCUCGUCAAUUCGUGCUACCUCGCACCGCGACAGGUUUCGCUUCUGGAACGAAGAAGAGAGCUCGAGGAGCAACUCGGGAUCGACACUGCGGACACAGCAGUGAAUGCUGCAGAAGUGGCUCGUCGAGCCGCCCGCGGAGGAGACGGGGACCAGGCUGCUGCCGGGCUAGAGUACCAGGAUGUUGUGAAGGCGUUUAAGUUGCACCACUCUCUCGGCAUGGCUGUUGGCUUUGUUUCUUUUGCCGCUCUCCUGCCGUUUCUCGUGUCGUAAAUGUGGCUCCGUAUGGCGUGGUCACAUCUUUCGCGGCUUUUGGAUGUUGGUGUGAACCACUCGAAAGUGAGCUGGUAAUGUAGGAUGGUUGCUGGCCUGAAUUCCUGGGCCGCCUGUACUUUCCUUUUCUCGUGAAGUCACGAACCGGGGCAGAUUCUCUCGGGUGUGCUGCGAAGGAGGGCGAACUUUUUGUCUUGGGAACUUCUAUGGAAAAGCAGCGUCGCGGUCGGUAAUGAUGUGCCCUCUCUUUUUCUCGUGGUUGGGCGUAAAGUCACAGUCCACUAUCUGUAUGACUCAGGUGCAUGCGAGAAACGUUGAAGAGCGUUCAAGAACAAGAGAGGGCACCUCCAACGAGUUUGGCCUCCGUGCACGCCAUACGGUUGGGCUUUGCGCAGCACACUGCAUCUGUGUGUGCCGGGGACGCUCCCACUUCUUUUUGUAGAGUCGCUAGAUGGAAGCAAGCGGAGCAUAUAACAGGGUUGCACCCUAAACGAACCGUAGUCAAUCUGACGCAGAGGCUUUGUUAACUUGGCAGUUGUA